UGUACGUGUCAUCUCGGAAAACGUCUCUUAGACCGAGGCCGACAUCGCGCGCGAUCGGUCGGUCCUCGACUUUUUUUUAUUCUCUUCGAUUUCUUGAAUUCUCCAUUUUUUUUCGAUUUUUUUUUACGAGUGGCCAUUUAAGUGCGGACUCCCUUUCGACCCUACGGACAUAGAUCUCGUUCGAGAUCGGUGUCGGACCCUUCCUGGUGGCAUGACCAUCUUCGGGGACUGUAAUACCCUGUAGAUCGUCUUGACCAUUUCGGCGCAAUUUCACCCGGAGUCGAAGCACCUGCAUCGAUUUACCCCAGAAAGACAUGGUUCCCAGUCGAGGGGGGACUCGUAGCUUCCCGGUAGGUGCGUGAAUCGUCGAGAAGAACUCCGCCGACCUGGGAAACUGUAUCUUCGGAGCCGCUUCUCGGACGAGUCCAUCGAGAUGCUGGACCGAAACGUGAUGCUGGUGCUCCGCACCCGGCAGGAGCGCACCGAGAGGCGACUGAGACACAUGAAGGAGGCGAACCCUCCACCCAUGGAGCCACCCUCUCAGCUCCUGAACAACAACCACCUCUACCUGGACCUCAACAUGAACUUCGGCGAGAAUGCCAAGCAAGAGGCCGCGAGGAGGCUCCGAAAGUCGUCGCAGAACAAUGCCCCGACGGCGGGCGUCGGCGAGAAGAGGGAGCAUCUCUACAAGAUUUUGGUCAUCGGCGAGCUGGGAGCGGGGAAGACCUCCAUCAUCAAGAGAUACGUCCACCAGUUCUUCUCCCAGCACUACCGGGCCACGAUCGGCGUCGACUUCGCCCUGAAGGUCUUGAACUGGGAUCCCCACACGAUCAUCAGGCUCCAGCUGUGGGAUAUCGCUGGCCAGGAGAGAUUCGGCAACAUGACGAGGGUCUACUACAAGGAGGCCGUGGGAGCCUUCAUAGUCUUCGACGUGACGAGGAGCGCCACCCUGGACGCCGUUAUCAAGUGGAAGCAGGACCUCGACUCCAAGGUACAACUCCCGGACGGCUCGCCGAUACCCUGCGUCCUCUUGGCGAACAAGUGCGACCAGCAGAAGGAGGGCCUCGUCAAUUCACCGGCCAAGAUGGACGAGUACUGCAAGGAGAAGAACUUUGCGGGCUGGUUCGAGACUUCUGCCAAGGAGAACGUGAACAUCGAGGAGGCUGCGCGGUUCCUCGUCAACAAGAUCCUCCAGAAUGACCAGAUCAUGAAGGGCAACGGAUCCCAGGAACAGCACGACGGCGAGAGGUUCGCCCUGAACCAGUCGCCCACCGGCUCCAAGAAGACGUGUUCCUGCUGACGAAGUUUCGCACCUCGCGGGGAAACGUCGAUCGGCGUGUCCUGGCCACUCCUCGUCGCGGUCUCCCGAAGAAAUCUCGAAAAGACCGUUUCUCGCUAGCCCGCCUCGAGCACUCUUGCGCUUCAUCGUAAUUGCGUUUUAAGGGCGCAAUCGUGCAAUACGUACCGUGUACAUAGGAGUUCGCAAGCGCAGGGUCGGGGGCGUACUCGCGAGAAUCGAUCUCCACGACGAGGUCGGGCCUAAUAAUUCGAAUCCUAGGAGUUCCUAAACGGGGAAGGCGUUUCCAUCUACGCCUAACAUUGUAAAAACCGCGAAAACUGUCGUUCGCCUCGUAGAGGAGACUUUCUCGAUGGACGGAGAAUGUCUAGCUGGUCUAUUGUCGUGGCUCGUUAACGCGAAAGCCAGGAGUCGUUUCCCCCCGGUGUCGAGAUUCCUCUUCCGUUUCCUCGUUAACUCGGGCGAUCGGCGCUCGGAUAAUUUGGAUCUCGCUCCGUCGUGGGAUCGCCCGAAAGUACUUACAUUCCGCCUUUACGUAAUACUUAAUACUAAUUUACCAUGUACGUUUUACACGCCGAACCGACUCGCGUACGGUUCUCUCUUCUCGUAUAAUUAAGACCUUCCGUAGCGAAAUCCAGUUAUGGGCUUUCCUUUUAUCGAUCGACGAUUAAAUUGGACAUCCCCCUCGGCAAAGGGGUCUUAGGGGAGGAAAAGGAUUAUAGGUGGUUCGCAGUCGAUUAUUCCGAGGGACUUUGGAGGUCUUUAGGGAGGAUUUUAACACUAGGAUGCACGAAUCGACAACUGCCGAGCGGGUGGACAAUGUUUAAACUACGGUUAGGCAAAUUUAAUCUUCUAUGAGUGCAUUUUGGAUGUACAUACGGGCACGGUACGACCGCAGAGAUUUUGUAAAUAACUGGCGUUUUACACUAAUCCUACCGACACUCGAGCCAUCCAUUUCUUCGGAACUUUACACUUUUAUAUAAUAUAUAUAUAUACAUAUAUAUCUAUAUACAUUUCCAUACGGUGUAUAGAACGUAUCUGUCCACGUAUGAUACUCGCAACUUAUCGUACUUAUUUUCCACGACGACGAAAGAAACUACACUAAGUCUCACGAAUUAUUAACAGUAUAUGUACACAUUUCUGAUCCUAUUUCUCUUUUGUACGCGUAGGUGCAGCCCUAAUAAAUUAUAUUCCAUUGUUA